UGGAGCACUGAUCCACAUCUCACCUCUCUACUCUCGCUAACAAGUUCCAGUAAGUUUACACACUAUAUAUAUUUAUAGAAAUAUCAGUCUCAGCGAUGACCCGCACCGAUACACGUCCUAAGCUGUUUGCGUACCCUGCCAAUAUAUAUUCGAAUAGAGAUGGUCACAGGAACACGCUAUCCUGUCUGAGCGCAAGUGAGGUGACCGCAUUUUGUAGAGCCCAAACACUUCCCAAUGUGCGACAACAUUUCCCUGAGGUACCUGUUGUGCGCACGUCUCCAUUCCACGCUAUUGCGGCCUCGUUUUAUGCAGUUGCAUCGAGUUCAGCGCGUACUGGAUCCGCAUAUGGUGUAGAGUCUAGCUCAAGUAUCAUCACGGCCGAAACCGAAUACGACCAGAUUUCCCUGUGUCAGAAGCCCAAGCGCGAAUUGACAGUCAGCAAGUCAAAGAGUGACUACUUUGGAUGUGAGAUGAGGUUUAUCAGGGGGCGGUUGCUUGUAGUUUGGAUAGAUAAAUUCAGCACUGUGUGCCCGGCCUUUCGCCAUCUAUCAGCGGCGUAUCGCGUUGGUUUAAAUUUUGGAGACGAGAUCACACGUAUCAACAACAAACCCGUAAGCUCAUUCGACGGCCAAAUCAGCGCUGUGUAUUUGUACCUCAGCUCGUUGACAGAUAUCACAGUAGAAGUAGUAGACAAGGCCAUACUUGAAAAUCAUUUGAUGAAGUUUCAAUCACACACUGAACACGCGCAAGGUAGUCUCAAACGUCAUAGCAGUUAUCUUUCUCGAAUACACAGAGCUAAAGUCUCUAGUUUCGGCUCUGAAAGUGUAGUAGAGGAAUCCAUCGGUUUAUCCUUCUCCGAGAAGGGUACAAUUACUCGCGUUUCAGAGGGCGGGCUGGGAGACAAGGCGGGGUUGAAAGCCGGGGAGCUUAUAGCUAGCAUAGGUGGUACAUACACACUUGCGGUACACCCACGGCUACUCGUUCAAUUGUUUCAGCGUGCCAAAAAAUACAGUAAAACCGGCUCCAUAGUGGUAGCUGCAGCGCCUUCACAACUAAUCCGUGAACUCGUGCACCACGCGCUAUUUAUAAUUAGUGAACGCAAUUUAUCAUGUGACCUUAACUACAUACUUAACCACGACUGGGAAGUCUCUAGAGCGGCACAGACGCAACAAGAACAGCAUAACAAACGACAGUACUCCGCGUCUGGAAUCCAAUUAAUGCCGGUCAUUUCAGCACGACGCAACUACACUUCGCACCCGUCACGGCACACGCUGAAUGGAUCAUUAGCUAAUUUACAAACGGCUUUGGAGCAUCAACGAGUAAUAACAAAUAUGAAUAGUGUAAUAGAUGUAUAAAUAAGAUACAAGUCUGUCUAGGCCAGGAAAAUGUGGAGUGUGACGCUAACUCGUCCCAUUUUUCAAAUCCGGGUGUCAAAUAUUGCAGAAAGUGCUUCUAUUUAUUUAUUAACAUAUUGCAUAGGGGAUCCAGCGUUUGCACCGCGUACUCGCCAACCGUACCAGAAGUCAUUGUCUACACGAGUACAUUCAGAGACAGAUGAUUAGUAUUUAAAAUAAAUGACUAGAUUUUUAUAGUCGCGUUUCCGAAUUAAAACCUAAGUGCCUAUUUGAAAGUAGUCACAGUACCGAG